AUGUCUCUGUUCGGGGGAUCGACCUUUGGACAGAGCUCAGCUCCCGCCGGGGGCUCGAGCCUGUUUGGUGGACAGAGUAAGCCGGCGACGACCGGCGGCGGACUCUUUAGCCAGAGCCAGCCGCAGAACAGCACGGCCCAGCCGGCCACCGGCGCUUCAGGCCUCUUCGGUCAGAGCACACAGCAGAACGCGACCCAGCAGGGGACCGGCGCUGGUGGUGGUCUGUUUGGGCAGCAGCAGCAGCAGACGGGGGCUGGCGGCGGCCUCUUCGGUCAGAAUCAGCAGAGCCAGGGAACCUCAUCCGGAGGCGGUGGUCUCUUCGGCGGUGCGCAGAAUCAGCAGCAGCAGCAGCAAGGGUCCGGAGGCGGCGGCCUCUUUGGCGGUCUGGGAGGUGGCCUGGGAGGCGGUCCAUCUUCGGCCACGACCAGCGGCAACCUGCAGCAGCAGCCUGCGCCCGGAGGCACCUCGCUCUUCGGCGGCAGCCUGCUAGCUUCUACCGCUCCCCAGGGCGGCGGCAGCUACCAGCAACCCCAGCCAGGCCGGAGCCUGUUCGAAUCGCGACCUCAGAACGGCACCUCGGAUGCCCAGCAGCCCGCGGGCGCCUACUUUGACAGCCUCCUGGCCAAGAGUCAGAGGGCCGGUGAGUCCAAGGCCAGCAUGUCGGACCUGCCGAGCCUGGAGCUGGGCCUGGGUGACCUGCGCCACCGCCUGCGCAAGCUGCAGUCCAAGCCGAGCGAGAAGCCUCUCGACGGCAAGGCUCACUACCUCCUCGCCGCGUCGGGUGUCGACCCCCGCGCGGCCGUGACGGACCUGGGCUUGAUCGACGUCCAGGGCCCCCGCGUCGACCGCUCGGCAGCGCACGCCGGGUACGCCCCCAGCGAGGUCGACGUCGAGACGUACCUCUCCAACCUGCAGACCAAGACGACGCUCAACAUGAUUGCCGACGGCCUCGAACGAUCGGUCCGCGACUUCGACAACUUCCUCGAGGACAACGUCACCAUGGAGUGGGAGGCCCAGCGCAAGCGCGUCUACCAGCACUUCGGCAUCAACCCGGCCGGCGACGACUCGUCCCCCCCCGGCCACACCGCCCGCGAGUCCCAGGGCGCCUUUGGCCGCUCGCGCCGCAGCAAGACGGCCGCCCAGGCUGGCAGCACGGCCAGGCUGGCCGGCGCCCGCGGCAGCGUGUUUGGCAGGUCCAUGGCCCGGUCCGUCAUCGGCACGCCCAGCCGGAUCGGCACCCACCAGACCGAGUUUGCCGAUGUCGAGCGUUCGGGCGGCGACGGCGGCGCCAAGACCGGCCGACGUGGAGCCGGCGCCGACGACAGGGUGCUGCGCGACAGGCAGGCCAAGCUCGCCGAGAAGGUGCGCACCCUCAACGCAGCGCGUCUGACCGGCCGGCCGUACCCCAUCCUCUCGGAGCUAGCCGAGGUAGAGAAGAGGUCCAACGAGCCCCACGCCGUGCACGUGCACGAGGCGUACCUGGCCAUGAUCGACAUCGUGGGCGAGGACCCCGACGCGGAGACGACGCUCAACGGCGCGACGGCCAGGGAGCGCCAGUACGCGUCCUUGUACCUCGACGACAACGCCAACUCGCAAAACGCCCUCGAGAUGAAGCGGCGGAUCCUGUCGGGGGCCAACCGGUUCCUCGAGAGGCAGUUCCUGCGCGAGGUCGAGUCGCUCAUCGCCAAGCACCCGCACGAGGCCAAGCUGGGCGGCCUGCCGGACGUGACGAGCAAGAUCAAGGCCUACAUCCGCCUGCGGGCGGCCCGGAAGGACCUGGUGCCCGACGGCAUCGAGGUGACCACCAUGACGGACGGCGAGGUCAUCUGGGCCACGACCUUCUACCUGCUGCGGUCGGGCAACGUGAGCGAGGCGGCGCAGUACGUCAACGACAACCUGUCGCACUUCAAGAGCGUCGACCGCAGCUUCCCGACGUACCUCAACAACUACGCCGCGAGCGAGGACCGGCGCCUGACUAACAGGAAGCUGCUGGACCGGUGCACGAGCGAGUACGUGUCGCGCUUCCGCAGCACGUCGUCGGCGGGCCAGGUGGACCCCUACCGCAUGGCCUGCUACAAGGUCAUCGGCCGGGUGGAGCUGAGCAACCGCAACCUCGAGGGCCUCAAGACGGACAUCAACGACUGGAUCUGGCUGCAGUUCAACCUGGCGCGCGAGGGCGACCGCACCGUCGAGAUGGCGGGCGAGUCGUACGGGUUGGCCGAGCUGCAGUCGAGCAUCCGCGAGAUCGGGCUCAAGCACUUCCCCCGAUCGAACGGCGACGACGGCAGCGGCUCUGGAAACAGCAACGCCGGCGGCGGCGGCGGCAGCGGCGGCGGCAGCGGUGGCGGCGGCGGCGGCGGCGGCGGCGGCGGCGGCGGCAACGGCAGCUUCGGCAUGUUCUUCUACCUGCAGGUGCUGUCGGGCCUGUUCGAGGACGCCGUGUCGUACCUGUACGCCUUCUCCUACGUGGACGCGGUGCACUUCGGUCUGGCGCUGACGUACUACGGUCUCCUGCGGCCGAGCGACGCGUCAUCCGAUUCCAACGACCUGCGCAGCUACAGCACCAAGAGCCAGCCGCAGAUAAACUUUGGCCGGAUGAUCGGCUACUACACGCGCGACUUCCGCGCGGCCGACGUGGUGUCGGCUGUCGACUACCUGACGCUCAUCUGCCUGAACCGCGACCUGGGAGGCGAGGCGGGGCGUCGACACGGCGGCCUGUGCCACGAGGCCCUGCGCGAGCUGGUGCUCGAGACGCGCGAGUUCAGCAAGCUCAUCGGCGACAUCCGGCCCGACGGGCGGCGCAUCCGCGGCGUCAUCGAGGAGCGCGGCCGGCUCAUCGGCCUCGACGACGAGGACGACUUCGUCAAGACCGUCACCCUCCAGGCCGCCAGCUUCGCCGACGAGAACGGCCGGACGACCGACUCGGUCCUGCUGUACCACCUCGCCGGGGAGUACGACACCGUCGUCUCCAUCGUCAGCCGCUCCCUCAGCGAGGCCAUCUCCCUCGAGAUCGGGGAGGACCCCAUGCGCCUCAUGCCCGUCAAGCCCCGUCAGCUUGCCGGCAACCCCGCCGCCGCAGCGGCAGCAGGGAACGCCGGCGGCAGCAGCCUGAGCCUGGCGUCCAUAGACGACCCGGUCGAGCUCGCCCAGACCAUGAUGGCCAUGUACGAGCGCGACGCCAUGUUCUACAGCCGCAUCGAGGACCAGACAAAGGUUGCUUGCAGGGUGCUUCUCGAGAUGAGCAGCAUCAAGAGUCUCGUCGAGGCUGGACAGUGGGCCCAAUGUCUAGACAGAAUGCGCGGUCUCGAGAUCCUUCCCUUGGAUGCAGGUGGCGACGCGAGCAUGAUCCGCGCCUACGCAGCCAAGUUCUCCGGCCUACCGCAGCCUGUAUCCAUCAAUGUGCCCAACCUGCUGCUGUGGACCAUCGUGAGCUGCACACGGCAAAGGGCCCAGCUGAGCGACGGCCAGUUCAGCGGCAACGAGGGCACCAGACGAAUGAUGGCGGAUCAGCUCAGACAGAUGGCCCUCGACCUCACGACCUACACGAGCCAGCUGAGGUACAGGUUCCCGCCACACCUGCAUGAGGCCCUGGCCAGAGCGACAGCAGAGUAG